AUGUUCUCGCGCCAGGCCAUUCGCUCCGUCCGGGCUGCUGCCCCCCAGCGCGCCCUGGCCGUCCGCUCGACGCCCGUCCGGUCCUUCGCCGCCGCUGCUGCCAACGACGGCAAGCCUCCUGUCUCUGUGUUCGGUCUCGACGGCACCUACGCCUCUGCUCUGUACACGGCCGCCGCCAAGUCCUCCAGCCUCGAGCCCACCGCCAAGGCCAUUGCCAGCCUGCACAACCUCAUCCAGAAGGACACCAAGCUCACCGCCAUCCUCAACGCUCCCACCCUGAGCAACGACGACAAGGCCGCCGUCAUCGCCGAGCUUGCCAAGCAGUCCGGCGCCAGCUCCAACGACACCGUCAAGAACUUCCUCGACGCCCUCGCCGAGAACAACCGUCUGGGCCUCCUGGGCGGCGUCUGCGAGAAGUUUGACACCAUCGUCGCCGCCGCGAGGGGCGAGGUCGAGAUGAGGGUCACCAGCGCUCAGAACCUCGACAACAAGACCCUCUCGAGGCUCGAGGCUGCCGUCUCCAAGUCUUCCUACGUCGGUGCCGGCAAGAAGCUCAAGGUCACCAACGAGGUCAACCCUGAUAUUGUCGGUGGACUCAUCGUCGAGGUCGGCGACCGCACCAUUGAUCUUUCCGUCUCCUCGCGCAUCGCCAAGAUGAACAAGCUCCUCACCGACAGCCUGUAA